AUGAGAAUAGAUGCAAACUUGCGUUUCAGCAUCCUGGUGACGACUUUUGCUGAGGCCAGCGAGCAGCCCGCGGAUCUGGAGGAGACGGUGGCCGACGCGGACGCGGCGGCGGAGCGCGAGGCGCCGUCGACGUGCGCGUCGGCGCUGCCUCUGCCGGUGCGCAGCUUCUGCCGCGCCUUCCCCUGGCACCUGGUGCUGGACGCCGAGCUGCGCCUCACGCAGCUGGGCUCCGGCUUCGCACGCCUGCUGGCGCCCCUCCGUCCGCUCGCCGACCCGCCGCCGCCGCUGGCGGACCUGUUCUCGGUGCGCCGGCCCCGCGGGCUGCCUCUGCGCUUCCGGGACCUGGCGGCGCGCGCCAACUCCACGUUCGUGCUGCAGCUGCUGGCACCCUGCGCGGCGCAGGGCUUGGAGCUGAAGGGCCAGAUGGUGCCGUGUCCAGAGUCGGGGUCGCUGCUGUUCGUGGGCUCGCCCGACCUGGACGGGCUCGAGGGCCUCACCAGCCACGGGCUCUUCAUCUCGGACAUCCCGCUACACGACGCCACGAGGGACGUCAUCCUGGUGGGCGAGCAGGCGCGAGCGCAGGACGGACUGCGGCGGCGCAUGGACAAGCUGAAGGGCCGCAUCGAGGAGGCGAACCGCGCCGUCGAUGCCGAGCGCCAGAAGAACGUCAGCCUGCUGCACCUCAUCUUCCCGCCGCACAUCGCGCGCCGCCUCUGGCUCGGUAAAACCAUCGAAGCGACGACGCACGACAAUGUGACGAUGUUGUUCAGCGACAUCGUCGGCUUCACGUCCAUCUGCUCCAACGCCACGCCCAUGAUGGUCAUCAGCAUGCUCGAGAGCCUGUACAGCCAGUUCGAUGUCUUCUGUGGCCAGCUGGAUGUUUAUAAGGUGGAGACGAUAGGAGACGCCUACUGCGUGGCCGGCGGACUGCACAAGCAGUCUUCCACGCAUGCGCAGCAGAUCGCGUGGAUGGCGCUGCUCAUGAUCGAGACGUGCGCCGCGCACCGCACACACGACGGCCAGCCUAUCAGGAUGCGCGUCGGCCUGCACACGGGCGCAGCGCUGGCUGGUGUGGUGGGGCGCGUGAUGCCCCGCUACUGCCUGUUCGGCCACCACGUCACCAUGGCCAACAAGUUCGAGUCGAGCAGCGAGCCGCUGCGGGUCAACGCCAGCCCCACCACCUACCAGUGGCUGUCGCAGACGGAGGGGUUCCAGUUCGAGGCACGGCCGCGAGAGUGCCUUCCGCGGGGCUUCCCCGACGACGUUGAGGGCACGGCGCACUUCGUGCUGGGCUACUGCCACCCUUCGCUGCCCGCCGACCGGCCUCUGGUCGAACACAUCGACACCGCCCAGCGAGAGCUGCUGGGUCACUAAAUACCGGCCACACUGCUCGUCCUGGUGUGGCGGCACUCAGGGACCCUUCCAGCAACACAAGGAGCGCACUUCAGUCUAAACGGUGGAACUACAGCGCUGAAGUGCUUCAGGGAACUGUAUCACAUUGAAUACGUUGAUGGAGAAAAAAGGAACACCGCCAAACGAUAUGUAAACAGGGUGUAUUAUAAUCAGUAGCCAAAACUGACGCAAGUGAAAGUAUAUGACAGCAGUGUUGUAUUCUUGUCGCCACUGUAGUCUUGUACCAUAGUAAUCAAGGGAGAGGCUGUUGUUUGGUGUCAGGUAUCCUCUUUGUACAACACAACUGCACACAUGUGUUCUUUAUUUACUUGAACAGAAAGCUACCUAUCUUGAGAGAGUCCAUGUAUUCUGUAACAGUCCACGUUAGCCUCAGUGCUGGUGAAGUACACAUCCCACUAUGCAGUGCAUGACAGACGCCGAAAUAGGAUGGAGUUAGUAUGCCAGUGACUGAGCUAGUGACUGAGCGACUGUGCAAGUGACUGAGACUGCUGACUGAGGCUGAGACCGGUCAGCGGCGGCGAUCUAAUUACUUGCGGUCGCGUGGGCGUUGGCGGAGCGUUGCUUGCGAGUCAGUCUUUGGCCUCUCUCCUGAUAGGUGCGCUUGAUCCAGUGCCUACUAUCGAUCUUCUUGUAACAUCUCUGCUGAUGGGUGUGCUGGCGACAGCUUACGUGAGCCCAAGCACAAGAAGAAAAGCUCCAGUGAACAUUUGUCCACAAACGAUCCAUUUUUAGAGAUAAAUUCUAAUGUUAGGUUACGACUCACCACUGACUUCAGUAUCAACUAUUGUCAUAGUUAGUACUAAAAUAUCUGAAACGCAGUCUCUCUGAUUAAAUCCUUACCUUAUUGGACUCAAACUUCAUCCCUGAUGCAUGUUUGGGAAAUGUAUUACAUGCCUGACGGUACACCAACACAUUUUGCUUGUGAUGUAAGACACUAAUGUAAGUGCAUUACUAUUUGAAGAUGAUACAGUAAUUACACAACAAACUGAAGAUAAGCUCCAGCGAGUCGUACAUCGGCUGAAGCAAAUUCCAGUAUCUACAGAACAUAAUCUUAAAAUUUCAUUACAUUAGAUGAAGGCUAUGACCUUUCAAGGUAAAUACCCAGUAGAUCGAAAAUAGUAAUUACCAACAACGAAUCUGACAGUA